UUUUUUUUUUUUUAAUUUUAACUAAUAUUUUUUACAUACUUUAUUUUUCACCAUGGGCUCACCAUCAAGAUAUAGUCGAUCAUCCAGAAAAUCUCAUUCUAGAUCGAAAUCACCUUCAAUAAAGCACGAACGAUUUUCACGUUCUCGUUCACCAUCUCACCGACGAGAAGGAAGAUCUCGCUCACCAUCUAGAAGAUACCGAACACGGUCUCGUUCUCCACGACGUGAAAAGGAUAAUCGUAGAACAAAUAAUGAUAGAAGAAGUAAUAAAAGAUUUGAAUGGGGACGACCAGAAGACAAUGCACAAACAGAAAGAGAAGAACCUGUACAAAAAAUCGAACCUAAUUUUGGACUUUCAGGAAAUUUAGCAGCAGAAACGAAUACAGUAAAUGGUGUACAGCUUAAAUAUAAUGAGCCUCCUGAAGCAGCAAAGCCCAAAUUAAAAUGGAGACUUUAUGUUUUUAAAGGCGAUGAACAAAUUGACAUAUUACAUAUUCAUAGACAAAGUUCAUAUUUGAUCGGUCGCGAUCGAACGGUAGCUGACAUUCCUGUCGAUCAUCCUUCAUGUUCAAAGCAACAUGCAGUAUUGCAAUAUAGAAUAAUUACAGAAGAAGAUAGCAAUGGGAAGCCUCAAAAAGUUAUAAAACCCUUUAUUAUCGAUCUUGAAGCAACAAAUGGUACUUUUCUUAACGGUGAUCAGAUUCCUCAGACACGUUUUGUUGAGUUAAGGGCUAAAGAUAUUCUUAAGUUUGGUAAUAGUACAAGAGAAUAUGUUCUCCUACAUGCAGAAUAAAUUAUAUAUCAUAGUUACAUAUCCAUUAUCUUAUUUGCAAUAUAUGUUUUGCAUAACUAAAGGAAUUGAAAAUUUGGAAAAAAAAAUCAUGUUAGCUCUGAAUAUUUAACUUAUGGCAAUAGCCAUCUUUAUCUGUAAAUUCAUUCAAAGUAUUUAUAAACAAAUGAAUCCUGUCCUUCAUGUCUAUACAUAGUUUUUAU